AUGGCUGCCCAUGUUGGUUUGGAAGAGAAGGUUGGUCUUCGAGUAUUACCGGGGGCGCACUACAACUCCGAGGUCCAUUGUGGGAUAUACUCAGCAGAUGAUAUACCCUUCCGCGAACGUCUAGACCCCUUGAGUGACAACAUUCGGUUUUACGAUCAGUCUCAGUGUGUAAGAUUAAAUAUCGAAAACAUCAGCACGCUUUUCUGUAAUACACACAUUUACAUGUGUGGUGCAGACCGCACAAACGCCGCCGUGAAGGCUGCUGCGACUGCUGCUAGCUUAGAGGAAGGUAAUGUGCAUUAUGAGGCUCAACGAGUUGAUGCGACAAGCGACCAUUUCGAGGCGAAGGUAGUCAAUCGAGAAGGUAAGAUUGUGCAGGCCAAGGGCAAGGAACCAGGCCGUCGAGCGAGGAGAAGGCUGCAACGAUGCUGA